AUGGCCUUUGGAUGCUAUCUCCAAGUCCCCCGUGAACCAUGUGUGAUUAAGAACUGUGUUCACGCUAACUCAUCUAAGGUACGUGGUUACUUCACAUCUUUUAGUGGUUCAUAGUCUAUAUGGCCCAGCAGUUUGUGCCUCGAAAGUUCCUGAUCAUGACGCUGUUUUACUAGAGAUUGGAGCUGAAGGGGCGUGGACAUCUUUUAACUCUCUCUCUUUCUUCUCGUUUUUCGGUAAGGUUCCUUGUGUCCCACAUGAUAUUUUUCGUAUUGAUGUGCUGUGAAGAGGUAUCAAACGGAAAGGCUGAUAAAUCUAUAAAGUGUGGGCUAUUGUCAAAUGUGAUACAUAGCAGCAAACGUAUUAAUCAUGGGAUUCUUCUAUGAAUGCAGGUUUAGAUGAUUUAUGUUAAGUCUCACAUCUUCGUCAUUUCGCCUCAUCGAGUGGAUGGGGACUAGAUAGGCAUACUUAGUCUGAUACAGUAAUAGAUAGGCUAAAUUCUUGUGAUUUCAUGUUCGAGAAAGAUAUGGCUUUAUGCAUGAUUUAGAGAAAUACGAUGACAGAUGACCAGCAAGCUCCUCAUGGAAACUCGAUAAGUUUUGAUAUUUAGUUAGUAUGUUAGUCUAUGGAUUGACGUUUAAUUUGCAUUGCAAAGAUUGCGGGUUUCAUGGUGGGGGAGGGGGAGGGGGAGUACAGAGAGCACCAAGUUACUAUCCUUAUGAACUUGCUUCUUUCCAUCCCGAAGAAAUGUUGCCUCUAGUCCUUUUUUUUUCACCUUUUUUGCUAAAGUAACCAGUGACUACUUUCUUUGCAGCAACAAGACCACUGGAUUCUCCAUGUUUCAAGCAGCAUAAGAAAGCGAACAUAUUAUUUUUACAGAUACAAUACAUUUAAGUGUCAAUCCUUUGCCGUUCCAAGUGGAAUUGCCAGGAAUCCAACUCUGAAAGCUACUGCUUUAGCCUUGAGAAGGUAUUUUCUUUUCUUUGGUCUACAUUUCGUUCACAUAUCUAUUACUCGCUGUCCUAUCUGCUGAAAAAUUGCUAGCGAUUUGACUAAAUUUGUAUAAUAUCAGGUCGUGGCUCCUUGUCCAUAUUUCAGAAUAAAAUCAAAAUAAAAUAGUAUGAGUGGCUGGAUAACAUGCGUUCAAAUAGGAUCAUUGGGAAACCAUUUUGGAAAAUUGUAAGAAACGCCAUUGUAGUUCCAAAUAAAUUUGAUAAGUUCAUUUGAGGUUAUCAUGUGGGGGAAGAAAAUGACACUCGAGAGGGAAGAUGGUGAAGACUCUAGGAGAAAGACGUACAGGAGUAGCAAAGUGAAGUAAGAAGGGAGAUAAAUGUGUUUCGAGGUUUUACAAACUGUAAUAUAACUCGGAUUUGAAAAGCAUCUUAAUGGGCAUAAAAAGCUGUCUAUAAUAGCCUCCUAAACGGUUUAAAUAAUGGACAGCUUCUCAAACCUAAAAGUCAUUGCCGUUAACUCUCUCAAGAACAUAUAAUCAUAGCCCUCCAAAAGCUAACAUGUUAGUCUGAUGACUAGUUAAAGACCAGAAGAUAAUAACUUAAUCUGUCAGAAAGAAAUGGAUUAUUGAGCCCAUAUGUUAGAAAAGACCAAAAUAUAGCUGUCAGUGGGGCUUAUUAAGUCAAAUUGCUCAACGAUCAGGUUGACAGUGAAAGAUGUCAGUCCUUGUAUUUGUGCAGCGGCGAGCACCUCUUCCUAAUCAAUCUACUCAUCGCAAUGUUAAAUAUCUUUUAUCUGCUAGGGAUAAUGAAACCUCUCUCUCUCUCUCUCUCUCUCUCUCUCUCUCUCUCUCUAUCUCACUUUCUCUCCGAUAAAACUGAGGAUGUGCAGCUUCUUUGAAAAAUCUGAAGGAUAUGUAGUUCUUUUUUGAGGAUGGGAGGAUGUCAAUUAUACUGUUGGAAUAUCAAGAUACACAACAAAUGUUAUGUGGUUUAAGGAGCCAGUCUUCUUUCAGGUGAAAAGGAAAAAUCUGUUGGCAGGAGAGGGUUUAUCAAGAAGAUUCCUUUUUUCCAUUUUUCGUCAUUUCUUUCCUCCAUUUUUUGAUCUUUCAUGUCAAGAAAUUUCUCGUGAUAUUUUAUUUCAAGUAUUAUGAUAGGUCUUAUUUCAGGUUCUUUUUCUCAUUUCUGUCAUUCUUUUUACGGGUUUUUUCAAUGUUCAAUUAUCUUGAUCUUUGAUAUUGAUGAAAUUUGAAUUUAUGGCCAGUUUUUGUAUGGUUGGCUUUAAAUAUCUAUUCAUGUUCUGAUAUUCCCAUAAUUUAGACUCGAUGGUAUCCCAUUUAUUUUACAGGUCAUAUACUGCCUUGCAUGCAACUCCACUGGUUUACCAAUUGGUUCCAGCAGUUGGGGUUAUUGUUUUUGCUCUAUGGGGACUUGGCCCGCUUCUGCGUCUUGGUAGACGACUAUUUUUCGAUGUAUGUGGCCAUCAUCACUGUUUGUCAUGCUUUUCUUUGAGUCUCAACUAAUCUUUAAACUAAAUGCUUCACAGAGCAAUGACAAUACUUGGAGAAAGAGCAGAACUCAGUACAUCUUUACAUCUUUCCUUCAACCAUUACUACUUUGGUCUGGGGCAACACUCAUCUGCAGGUAUAUUUCUUUGCAACGCCAUCUCAGUACAUAAAGAGCCUUCAAUAAUUUCUGUAACUUUAUCUCAUGAUUGUCACACACGUAGUUUUUAGUUAACUUGACAUGCACGUUGAUUCUCAGAGCGUGGCAGUGAAAAGUGUAAAACUUUGAAACGAAAUGGAGAGUUUUAUCUUUAUCUUCUGAAGUUGACUUACUCAUGAAACUAUAAAUUCUUGCCUCGGAUGCUGUUCAUUUCGGAGUGAAUAAUCAAAUAGGCAUAAGUUCAUGCCUUUAAGAUGUGUUAAAGUUAUCUGCGGGCUUUUUUUGGCUACAGGGCAUUGGAUCCAGUCAUUCUACCUUCAGAAGCGAGCCAAGCUAUCAAACAGCGUCUUUUGACUUUUAUCAGAUCAUUAUCAACGGUCAUGGCUUUUGCAUUUUGCCUGUCAAGGUGAAGACAUUUUUUCAUUAUUACUGCUAUAUGUAUAUCCGUAAUCAUAUUCCCUAUGUUCAAUUAAGGAGUCGACAUGUAAUGCUUGAUUCCUGAUGUUCAGUUAUUUGUCUUGUGUAAUUCCUUCUUUUGGUGUAAAUUCAUAUUUGACUUGAUAUUUUCUCUGUCAAGAGUUUCAUAAUGCUUGCGAAUACUUGCCUCUGAUUUGGGUUUAACACGUUUGUGACUCCCUUAAAGUGGUAUCUUUAUUAUUUUUUCAGAUUAUAUUGUCAGUUAACCUUCAUUGAUUUUUCCUCGAUACGUUGGUUGGUUAAUUUAACAAUUAAAUUACCAAUGGUCGCCUUACGUUGAUCUUUUUGCAGCUUCAUACAAAAAACACAGAACUUUUUUAUGGAGACAAGUGAUUCGAAUGAUGCAAGAAAUGUACGUUUCUUUAACUUCAUAAGCCGGAAAUCUAUGUUUCUAUGCUUAAAAUCAUGUUUUUUCCAAUUUCUACUCUGAAUAUUUUUUGCCUUAUGAUUGGACUUCAUUGAUUGGCAUAUGGCGCAUUCAUUAUUUACUAGAAGGCCAUGCUCAUCAGAGUCCGUUUAAUUUUUUUCCUAUGCCUAUAUAGUUAUUGGGGCAGAUGGCGAUUGGUAGAGUGGGCUUAGAGUGAAGGGGUACUUCUAAUCUUCUGGGCUGGAACUUGGAAAAGCCCAAUCAGCUCCUGGUCGGGCCCAUCUACGCGUUGGGUCAAUCCCUUUUUUUCUUUUAUAUUUUUUUCUCAAGCCUCAAUUUUUUUUGCCAACGGUCCAUAGUAAAAUACUAUUUAAAAUUAGAUAAAAGCGGGGGGGGAGGGGGGGGGUUCACCAUUUGCCUCCUUUGAUUCUCCAUCAAAGGAAAUCGGCCUAUGGAAAUCGGCUUUGAACCUUCAUGUUGGCAUUUUCAAUUCUCGAAAAAGACAGGCCUAUGGAACUAGGCCAGUAGUUAUAGAUCAGCACGAAAAUGGUUGCCAGUAACUACCACGUUUGCAGCAGCAAAUCAUUUCAAUUCUCUUGACUCUCUGAGAUCUGCUUUGUGGAAUUGACCAUUUCUAAUGUUCUGGGGUAAUCUAGCUCCUGUCAAUUUUUUUAUUUUGAGGAAAGAAUAUCAGCUGCUCUAAGUUGGAUUGGACAAUAUUUUGGGGGAAACGUUAACUUUUAAGAGCACCCUUGCUAGUCUUGUUGCAGCCAUGAAUGAGAACCAAGAUGUUGCAGGCUGCUGCUGCUGCUGCUGCUGCUUUGUCGUUCAUCUCCCAUUUCUCUAAUCACAACUAUUUUACCUACUAAAAGCUGUUAUAUAUUAUUGCAUCUUUAGAUUACUCCCGGUCAUAUGUUUUUUCUAUUUGGAAAAGGAUUAAUUUCAAAGACUCACCUUGUUUCUUUCUCACAUUCCCCUUGUGAUUUUCUAAUUCUAAUUUACCUGACUAUGGAUACCAUACCUUUCAGAUGGGUUUCCAGUUUGCAGGUAAAGCUAUCUACACAGCAGUGUGGGUUGCUGCAUUUUCACUGUUUAUGGAGCUAUUAGGUUUUUCCACCCAGAAAUGGCUCACGGCUGGAGGUCUUGGAACAGUCUUGUUGACACUUGCUGGUCGUGAGGUGCAGCAUUUUUCAUCUUUUUGGUUCCAGAGUAUCUCUCUCAGAUAAAUUUUAUGCGCUGUUUUUCUCUUUUAGUUCCAUAUUUUUCUGCAGCGUUUCAGCCUGGAACGGUAACCAUUUUUAUUUUUUUUUUCCUGCAGAUAUUUACAAACUUCCUUUCUAGUGUCAUGAUCCAUGCUACACGCCCAUUUGUUUUGAAUGAGUGGAUCCAAACAAAGAUCGAGGGUUACGAGGUCUCUGGAACUGUUGAGGUUAGUUUUCCAUCCACAUGGGAUAACGCCAAAGGGACGCCAUAUUCUUGUCGAAACUAAUUAUUUAUCCUAAAACUGUUUGUCUUAAAGCACAGAAUUAUUGCUGAACUUCUAUUUCUUAUAUGUCCUCACACGUUGUUCUAGUUCUUUGCUUAUCACUCUUCCUCUUUAACAUUUUGCUUGUUUAACCUUCAAAAUAUUAUAUUCUUCCCUCCUGACUGUUUAUUGGUUUUUUUGUAGCACGUGGGCUGGUGGUCCCCUACAAUUAUAAGAGGUGAUGACCGUGAAGCAGUUCACAUUCCCAACCACAAGUUCACUGUCAGUGUUGUGAGAAAUCUUAGCCAAAAGUCUCAUUGGCGCAUUAAAACUCAUAUCGCCAUCAGCCAUUUAGAUGUUGAUAAAAUUAAUGUAAGCAUAAAUUAACGUUUCCUGGAUGUCUUAUGAUUCGCCCAUUUAUUUUAUCGUUUUUCUUCAGUAUUCUAUUCAGAAUAUUGAUGCUGAUCGUUUUUAUGUGAAGAAUAUUGUGGCUGAUAUGCGCAAGGUAUUAGCAAAAAAUCCACAAGUGGAGCAGCAGAAGUUGCACAGAAGAGUAUUUUUGGACAAUGUUGAUCCAGAAAAUCAAGCUCUUUUGGUGAGUUUCCCUAUUUUUGUUUUCAAUUAUCGUUUUUCCCUUUAACUUAAUUUAUAAAUAUCGCUCAGCUGAAAGUCAAGAUGUAGUUGCAUGUAUUUAACAUUCUUGAUGACGAAUGUUAAAUACAUGUAAAAACAACCACCUAUCGUUUUUGCAUGUAUCUUGACCAGUGGUAAUUUCUAUUAGUUUUUUGACUACAUCAGGUGGUCAUUUUACAUUUAUUUAACAUUCUUGAUGUUUUUAUUAAAAUAUCAUCAUAUCAUUAUAUCUAAUGAUACAUAUAUCGAUGUACUGGAUUGUUCUGCUCAUGGUCAGCAACACGACUUGGAGCCAUCUCUUGUUAAUUUAUAGUUUAGUCACAAUAUGGCAGUGUUUAAUUUCAAGUUAGGCUUCUGACAAGGUUGCCAUUAUGACAAAAAAACUUACUAUGGUACCGAAAAUAACCAAGGUGAUGAUCUUUUGGGUUUCAUUGUCUAUCCCAAACGUCUUGAACACCUGUCAUGUCUUUGGAGUUUUUACUUCGUUUUUCCUCAUCAUUUUCAUGGGCCGUUGACUGCUUUUAGAACCAUGGAAGGAAGGAGAUGAAGAAAAAUCAAAUAAUGAUGUGAACAAAAUAGGAAUAAGGAAAAAUGAAUAAUCCUACUGCUGCCAUCAUCUCCCAUUAUGAUCACAACCUACUGUCACGAUUUUUACCACUCUCUCCUGGUGAUGUCAUUGUUGCACUGCCUUUCUUUUCUUCCUUCAUGUUCAUCGCUAGCUGCUUAUGUUGUUGAGGCACAUGAGUUUUAAUAAAUUUGGAGACUGAAUCGAAUCGGACUAAGAAAAACCCCUCUUCUUGGAUCUAAUAUUUAUUGUUGUGUUGCAGAUUCUUAUAUCUUGUUUUGUGAAGACGCCACAUUUUGAAGAAUAUCUGGGUGUUAAGGUAAGAUAAAGCUCGCUAUUUGUCUUUAUUGAAUUGUAUUUUUCUGCAUGAUCGCGGGAGAACAUAUUUGAUAUCAUUUAUGGAGAAGAAUAUGACAUUUUGUUUUAGUACACGGAAGACAAUUUCUGUUCUUUGGGUGAGUGGCUUGCCUGCGGAUGAUCCUCGCAAUUUCUGUAUGAUCAUCUUUAACGUUAUUUCUCAAAGAUCACUAGUUGUCAGAUAGAAAUUUCCAAGGCAUUCAACACUCUCAUAUCUGUUUGACUAUUUCUUGUCCUAAGUUCUUAGUUUGUUGUCCAGAAAAAAGGGUCUCGCUAGAGGUCUGAGUCAACUGAUUCCAUCCAGCUGUCUCCUCCUUGAACCACCACCCCCACAUCCCCACCCUGUUGCUGGAAGGGAGGUUGCUUACAUCUACUGACCAGUAGUUCAUCUGAUUGGACUUAGCUGUAAAUUUUCUUUCACCUCGUAAAAAUCAUUUAUAGUAAGUUAUUCCCGUAAAUCAAACAUCUAUCAAGAUGUUAACAAAAAAUAUGACAUUUCUUUCCUUGUUUGUAAUUGCAUUCUACUUUCCUAUUCCUCUCGAAAAUCAUGUGACUUUGGCUUAACUUUGGUAACCAAAAUGAAGGGAAGGGGGGGGGGGGGGGGUUCUUCAUUAUAGUUUCAGUAGCAUUUUAAUGGACGCAGAUAGAUAUCUGCGCCUCCUCCAAUGUUUAGAUUGAUGUUGAAUUCUUAUGAUGCCAUGGAAGGAGAUUAUAGAUUAAACAUCGCCUUACAGCAAAAAGCAAGCAGUGACUAGUUGCCUUACUAAAGCAAGGUGUGGAAAUACAAGCAAAACCUGAUUUCGCCGAUUAUUCAACCGAAAUUAUGAUCCAGAGGUGUCUUCAUGAGAUAUUGGAUUAAUUUACUUCUAAUACUAUUUCUUCAUCUUUGUCAUAGUAGUAACUGCGGAUUAUUUAUUUAUUUAUCAAAGUGCGACGAGCUCUCUUUCCCCAGUAUUUUUCCAAGAUGUUAUGUGCUUUAUAAUCCUAUUUAUUAUCCUUUAUGCCAACAUCGUUUGAAUUGUUUGCUAAUAGCAAUGUAUCUGUGGACAAACAUCGCUCAGGAAGCUAUUCUGCUGGACCUGCUGAGAGUCAUCCGGCACCACCGAGCUCGGCUUGCUACUCCCAUUCGGACGGUCCAGAAGUUCUAUGGAGACAGCGACAUUGAGAAGAUCCCAUUCGCAGAUACGAUCUUCUCCCGCCCAGCCGCCGCCAGCAGCCGUUCGUUGCUGCUGAUCGAGCCCCCGUUGAAAACGCCGGGCGAGGAGAAACCCAAGUCUCGCCAGACUCCUCGCACUGGCGAAGACCUCAAGGAGACGAUCUCCACUUCGGAAGCUCCUCUCCCGGAGAGUUCUGACAACGCACAGCCACCGAAACCCAGUCCAGAGGAAGUUGAUCCAGAUUCGGAAGAGCUAGCCUCAGAGAGAUCAGAGGAAAAGAAGCUGCAGAAGCCCGUGCCUGGAGAUGUCCAUGUGAAGAGCAGCAGCAUGGAGGCAUCGUCGUCUCCCUCCGCAAAGCUGCAGCCUGAAGACUCGGGCGUGGGAUCACUCGGCUCAAAGGAGAGUCCCCCGGGAUCCGCCUCCGCGCAAGAAGACGUUGCCGACACUGCUACAUCGCCGGCACCUCCAAGUGAGAGGUCCCAUGGCCCUCCGCCGCCCUCCAUGCCGGGCAGGCCCUCUCUAGAGGAGAACAUUGUUCUUGGAGUCGCCCUGGACGGUGCGAAACGGACCCUUCCCAUCGAAGAAGGGCUGGUCCCCGCGCCAAACCCAGUGGACUCCAAGGAAAUGGCUUCUCUUCGCAGCGGGAGCGGGCCUGCAUCCUCGACCAAGGAAAAGAAAGACGGCCAGGCUCCUGCCUCUGGCGGGCCGGCAGCGGAGCAGCCGCGGGAUCAGUGA